UCAUCUAUGAAUAUUUCAGUUUUAUAUCCUACUUCGUGCUGUGUAGACGUACAACUACACACAGAAUAUAUACAAGUUUGAGCCUGUAGCUUAAAUUCACAAUUUCCGUUUGACUGAUUUCUGUGGGAGAUGCCCGCCGACGGAUUGAACAGCCCUCGGGUGCAGGGACGCAGGAGUGGAGGAGACCAGAAGAAUGGAUCACCGUUUCCGGACAAGUACGACAUGCGCGGCACACGCGCUCUGAGCAUCUGCAAGAGCAAGAUCACUGAGGUGCCCAUGGAGCUGUUCGAGCAGGCGCGCCUGGAGCUGGUGAAUGUCGUGCAGCUGGAGGACAACUGGCUGAGCGACGUGCCCAAGGAUCUGGACAUGCUGAGCGAGCUGCUCACCCAGCUGGAUCUGAGCAAGAAUCAGAUCUCCUGCAUUCCCACCAACAUCUCGCAGUUCUCGCGGCUGGCCUUACUCAAGGUCCCCUGCAACUUGCUGCGCGAUCUGCCCAUGGAAUUUGGGGGCCUGCAGUUGCUCUGUGAGCUGGACAUCUCCUUCAAUCGGUUCGAGCGAUUGCCGCGCUGUAUCGCCGAUUUGCAGAGCCUGGAAACCCUCUUGGCUCACGAUAAUCACAUCAAGGACCUCGACGCCAGUGAGCACGGACUGGGGGCCCUAAAGAAUCUGCGGGUAUUGGAUCUGAGCAAUAAUGAUAUUCGCCAAGUGCCGCCCAUUCUGGGUAACCAGCGGAAGAUCAUUCGACUGAAUCUGAUGGGCAAUCCGCUCCGACAGCCGCGUUACUCUAUUCUGAGCUCUGGAACGGAGGCCAUCAUGGCGUACCUCCGCACUCGCAUACCCCUUGCCCAGCUGUAGCUCCCAUCAAAUUAUCUGUCAUUGUUGCUUAAUAAAAAAAACAAAGUACCCCUUGGGAUAGUACCCCUGUGGAUAGUACCCCAUAAGUACUCCA